AUGCACCGUUGGGGGCAACUGCCCCUCACCGAGGACCCCCAUUCUACAGACAACUUACUGUACGCCUUUACACAAUAACGGCAAAUAAAGCAUGUUCCUUUACAAAUUAAGCUGCGUGGCUUUUACUGCUGUUCGGUCUCAUUGAAGGGGGCCCCGCGCUUGUUCUUCCUCUUCCUCAGAAGGCGGUGAUAAUGCGGUACAGGCGGCGGCUGGACAGACAGUAAACAUGGCGGCGGUUGUCAGGCAGUUGGGAGUAAGAUGGAGCGGGUUGUGGAACAGCCGCGUCUCCCGGGCUCAGAUCGCUCUCUCCGCGUCUCGGCGUGCCCUGUCUACCGGGGUGAGUAAUUCCCAGACCCUGACCAAAGGAGGUCUGCUUCCACUGUUCUUGCAUCUGUUUUAUUCUUCACUACCGCUGUGCUUCCUGCAGUUGCCUAAGGACAUGGUGCUGAAGUUCUAUCAGAAGAUGACACUGCUGAACACAAUGGAUCGCAUUCUAUAUGAGUCCCAGCGACAGGGCCGCAUAACCUUUUAUAUGACCAACUAUGGUGAGGAGGGCACACAUAUUGGCAGUGCUGCCGCACUGGAAUCCAAUGACAUGGUGUUUGGGCAGUACAGGGAAGCAGGUGUCUUAAUGUACAGAGGCUUCCCGCUGGAGCUGUUCAUGGCACAGUGCUAUGCCAGUGCCAGAGAUGUGGGUAAAGGACGUCAGAUGCCUGUUCACUAUGGCAGCAAGGAUCUCCAUUUUGUUACAAUCUCAUCUCCUUUGGCAACGCAAAUACCGCAGGCUGUUGGGGCUGCAUAUGCUUACAAAGUGAGUCAGGAGGACCGUGCAGUCAUCUGCUACUUUGGAGAGGGCGCUGCAAGCGAAGGGGAUGCUCAUGCUGGUUUCAACUUUUCAGCCACUCUAGAAUGUCCCAUCAUAUUCUUCUGCAGGAACAAUGGCUACGCAAUCUCAACACCAACCCAUGAGCAAUACAGAGGAGACGGCAUUGCUGCCAGAGGCCCUGGUUAUGGGAUAAUUUCAAUCAGAGUGGAUGGGAAUGAUGUCUUUGCUGUUUAUAAUGCAACCAAAGAGGCAAGGCGCAGAGCAGUGGCAGAAAACCAACCCUUUCUCAUCGAGGCCAUGACUUACAGGAUAGGCCACCACAGUACCAGUGAUGACAGCUCAGCCUAUCGAUCUGUAGAUGAAGUAAACUACUGGGACAAACAGGACCACCCCAUCUCGAGGCUCCGACACUACAUGGUGAACAAGGGCUGGUGGGAUGAGGAGCAGGAAAAAGCUUGGAGGAAGCAAUCCAGGAAACAGGUCAUGGAAGCCUUUGAGGAGGCCGAACGGGCGAUGAAACCAAAACUGGAUCACAUGUUUACCGACGUGUAUGAAGAGACCCCAGUCAGCCUCCAGAAACAACAGGAGGCACUGCAAAGGCACUUAAAGAUGUAUGGGGAGCAUUACCCCAUCGACCAUUAUGAGAAAUAGACGGACUGUCCACUGCACCGCCCCCCAUCCCCACACACACACCCCCAACCCCACAAGUCUGCUUGCCUAUGAAUUUCUGUUUCAUGUCCUGUCACAAAAGCUACUCACCCCUCUCCCUUCCCAAUCCCCACUUCACCCCACCCUCUCUCCCCCCUCAACCUCUAAUCAGAGUGCUCUGUUAGUAAGGUUUAUAGGAAUUUGAUGUUGCAGAUAUUCGGUGAAAUCCUGGUCUUCCAUGAUCACCUCAUCCCAAACAUGGGAAUGAUGUCAUUGAGAGGUCAUUUCAAUAAAGCACUGUGUGUGAUGAUCAGUCACCCAGGAGCAGGGUGAAUGUUGUAGCAUUUCAGGAGAUCAGAAUUAUUCACUGCAUUCUGCUUACAGAAAGGGAGGAGGAGACAGUAGAAACUGAAGACCUGUGAGAAUAGGCUGAUUGUCCCUUUUGGAUUUCAAUGUUCUAUCAGUUCCAGGACGUUGAGCUAUAAACAGAGCUCUGCGGGGGAGGUGGCCUGUUCUAUUUACUCAUGUGUUUGAUCUGCAGACUGAAUUUAUCUUCUUACUCGCACAAAUUCACUAGCUAAGGGUUUGCAAUGGUGCUGUUUUGGCUUGUGAUAUGUAGCUGGACCAGAGCAAUAAUCCCUCUUGAACACUACCUAACGUUUCAGUUUCCUCAAUGUACUCAUCUGCAAUAUUAGCAAGUGAUUCUCUGGGUUCUCCAGAAAACCUUGUGAGUACUGAGCCCCAGAACCAACACACCCCACCCAGCCUGUACGAAAUAGCAUAAAUGCAAUCUCGACCAGUGAGCAUGGUAGGCUGGUCACUGGCCUUGUUGCUCCUGAGCUUUCUGCAGGACUUGACAUGGCUGUACAUGGACACACAGCAGUAAUGCACAUUUCUGCCACCAGCACUGCCUAUUCUACAUUGCCGCUGUAAUAUUCUGAGAUGAUUUUCUUUGCUGAAGAUCAGAUCUUUUCACAAUUUUUCUAAAGCAAAAAUGUUGUUCCUGGUGUUUAAGAUCCAAAUUACAUCUCACUUAUUAUGGGUUAGUUGGAAAGUGCAUUGCUAGAUGCUGCAAAUGUUUUGUUUGUCAAAUAGGAUAAGGUUUGAAUCACUUUCGGAAAGGGCUUCCUUGGUGCAAUUGCACGCACAGACUUACUUGUAGCUAUUUAAUGACCAAGAUCAAAUCCUCCUGAAAUCAUAGCUUCUUGGGUUUACGGACUAGAUCUUAAAUUUGACUUGUGCCACAGAGUUAGAAAGGACUGGAGCAGGAUAGGGAGGCACUGGUAUUCAAUCACUGACCAUGAUUGACCCUCUUGUAGGGAAUCAAUCAACGUUACUGCCUGGAAGAGUACACAGGUGGGGGAGGUCCACAGCAGCAUCCCUUUGUUAAUGUUUCUUCAACUGGUGUUUAUUUACAAACAAGAAGUUGAUGCAGGUCACUUCAUCAGUGUUGUCCACAUGAAUUUCAUCAAUAAACACCAUGAUUAUUAGUGUAA